AUAUAGUCGAGUUCUUUCGUUGGUCCGCUCAUCGUCGGCCUUAUCGCGGAUAGCACGGGGAACAUCCGCUACGCGUUCUUUUUCCUUGUGUUUAUGGUAUGGGCGGCUGUGCCUGUGCUCCUCAGCGUGGACGUCGAUGAGGGAAGGCAGGACGCAAGGGAAUAUGCCCAGCUAAAACCUAGGUGACUGAGCGUGGAUGGUGGUUAGGCGUGAGGAUAAUGGGCCUGGCGUGACAGCUCGUGGUAGAACGCGAAAUCUGCUCAUUCACCAAAUGUACUUUGUCGAGAUUUCACGAGAUUCAACCUCAUGUGAUUUCAUUUGGACAGUCGUCCUUGUGUUCCUAACUGCGAUGUUUGUAUGUGCAGCCGGGGUAGCCGGUGGGGUGGCAACUGGAGCAAUACUUUGGUAUGAGAGCAGUAAGCCCUUGGGGGUGACAGCUGUUGUCAUACCAGGAUGUACACCGUUCAUUGUGGUAGUAUAUACUGUCAUCGGAUUUAGGGGUCGUUUGGCUCAAGCUCCUACUGUCUAAUACAUAAUUCAUUGUGGCACCAAUUACAUAAA